AAAUAAGUUAAUAUGGCGUAUUUUGAGGGUAUAUUUAAUUCUAAAAAAUAUGUCGGACCUGAAAGUUUAGCUGAAUUAUGUUUUAAAACAAUAUGUAAUAAUUUAGACAUUAUUUCGACUAUUGAUAAACGUGGUUAUCGUACAUUGUUACGUGGACUUGUGCUACCAAGUGAAAUUUGUGAUAAAAUCAUUGAAUUUGCUCAAAAAUGUGAGAGUACGACACGUAUCGAUGAUGGUUUUAUAAAUAUAUUUGCAGAUAUUAUUGCAACAAGAUUAAAAAAUGUUAAAAUAAAUCACAGUAAUAUAACAGAUACAUCUGUUGCUAUUAUUGCAAAUCAUCAACUGUUACACUUGUCAUUCAAUGAUUGUUGUCAUUUAACAAAAUCAUCUAUUGAAUCCAUCAAUAAUAAUUCAAAACAUUUACAAAGUUUAUCUUUUCGUGGUUGUCCACAAAUAUAUCCAAUUGAUCUUACAUGUUAUUUAGAUUUUUCAUCAAUAAAUUAUUUUAAACGUGGAUAUCUAUUUAAUGCACCAAAUUUAAAACAUCUAGCAUUGGAACAUGUUCCAAUAGCACCUGAACAAUAUCUUAUAUUACUAUCUGGUUUAUCAAAUUUAACUCAUUUAGAUUUAUCAAAUGCCGUAAAUAUUGGUAAUUUUGAAUUUGUAUCAUCAAUUCCAAAUUUAAUUUCAUUAUGUCUUUAUAACGUUAAAAUAAAUGACAAUCCUCAUGCCUUUGUUGCCAAUGUUACACAAUUAAAAAAAUUAAGGCAUCUAGAUAUAUCACAUGCUAAUCAUAAACAUGCGUUCUAUAAUAAACCUAAUCAAGUUUUAUCAGAAUUAGUUGAAGGCUUACCAAAUUUAACGUCAUUGGAUAUCGGGGGUACAAAUUUAGCUGGACGUGGUGUAGCCGAACGUCCAUUGAUAUCAAAUUCUACAAAUGUUUAUGCAAUGUGUGAUAUUCAAGGUCUUGCUUGUCGUGUAAACAAUCCAUUACAAUUUUUAGGUUUAUAUGGUACCCAUGAUGAAGCUUGUAGAAGACAUGAUAUACCUGCUAAAAUCGUCGCUGGCAAUGCUAAUGAUGAACAAAUACUCAUCGCAGCUCGUGUAUGCAUGGAUAAUAAACAAGAUUUAUUACAAAAAGUUUUAAAUGAUUUGUAUCACGUAUUUAGAUACGAAAGUUGUGAACGUAUGGAUCAAGCACUUUGUAUUGUAUUGGAAGCUAUGGAAAAACAUCUUAAUGAACGUCAUAUACAAAUAUCUGGAAGCGCAACAUUAUUUUAUAUUGUUAAAACAAAAGAAAAGAGUGUGCUUGUUUCAAAAAUGAAACGAAGAAUAAUAGGUGCGUUACUUGCUGGUAUGAAUGCUCAUAAAGAUGAAGAGACAAUGAUGCGCAAUGGUUGUCUGGCCCUAUGCCAGUUUCGUAUACCACAAGAUGUUAUGUGGAAUUAUGAAACACUUGUUAAAGUUUUAUUACAUUCAACAAGACACGCUGAGUCUGAGGGUUUUGUACAACGAAUUGGAAUUUAUUUAUUAAAUUCACUGGCAUGUCAGGUAGAAGGAAAGAAAAAACGUUUAUUAGGAAAUUUAGGAUGCGUUGAAACUAUGCUCGAAUUAGUUAGAUACAGAGUUGAGUGUGAAUUACACGAUGAUGUACUCGAGGUCGCUUGGUCAACAAUGUGGAAUAUGACUGAUGAAACACCAAUUAAUUGCCAGAGAUUUUUAGAUGAACAGGGAAUGAAACUUUUCUUAAAAUGUGUUGAGAAAUAUCCAUCUAAAGAAGAAUUACUACGAAAUAUGAUGGGCUUAUUAGGCAACGUUGCUGAAGUUGAUUAUCUUCGUCCUCAUUUAAUGCAACAGCAAUACGUAUCAGUCUUUUCCAAUUUAUUGGAGUACGAUCGUGAUGGAAUUGAGGUAUCAUACAAUGCAACUGGAAUACUGGCUCACAUGGCGUCUGAUGGUAUAGAAGCAUGGACAAUAGAACAGCCAACAAGGAAUGAGGUUCUUGAACGUAUGGUUGAAGCAAUUGAACGUUGGAAUCUAUCGUCACAACGUAACAUUAAUUAUAGAUCAUUUUUACCGUUGCUACGUUUAUUAGAUGUUUAUCAUACACCACAGUGCCAACAUUGGGCAGUAUGGGCUCUUGCUAAUUUAACUCAAGUUUAUCCUACAAAGUAUUGCUCUUUAGUUGAAUCAGAAGGUGGAAUAGAAAAACUUAAAAAAUUAUUAGACGACGACAGACCUUAUAAUCGUAUUAAAGAUCUUGCUUUGUCAGUUAUUAUUAAUUGUGGACCCAAUAAAAUUCGUGGAGACCAACAAGAAACCCUUCAAUCCUCAUCCGAGUACAGUCUCGAUGAUUAAUGAUGCGUGUUUUAAAAUACAAAAGACUUGAGAGAAAAAAAAAAUUCCAUAUUAACAAAAAUUAAAAUUAUUUAAUAAAUAAAAUCAUAAAUUGUUUUUAUUUCUUUUCUCUUUUCUUUAACUAAUUAGUUAGUUAUUAUUAAUUGUUUUCGUAAGUUAAUUAAAUUAAAUAGGUUGGAAACUUUUUUUUCUUUAUUAUUUUAUAAUCAAAAUAAUUGUUGCAUUAAAUUUGCUCAUUGACUAUUAGAUGGUAUACUACCUACCGAUAUUUAUUUUAAAAUACAUGUCGUUAAAAUAAUAUAAUAAAUAAUAACAAUGUUAUUAACAAUUUUCGUUGAUUUUCUAAAAAUACUUUUAAAUUGAUUAUUAUUUUUUUUAAUUGUAAAUAUUACAGUUUACAAUUACAAACCGGAUGUUAUGCUUGAAUUUUAAAAUUCGAUAGUGCUAAUACAUAUUUAUUACAAUUAUUAUUUCUUUUCGCUUAAUUGUUAAGUAAAAAGUAUGAUAACAAUAUUAUUGUAUGUAAUUAACUUAUACAGUUAUUAUAUUACUAUUAAUUAUACCUAUAUGAUUAUCCGACUGUUACUUCGGCGUUUAAUACUUUCAAUAAUUAUGUUACAGAUAUAAUUAUUUUAAUUAUUAUUAUUAAGUACUAUUCGUAAAAAGAAUAAAGAAAAAAAUAUUUAAAAAAUUACAGAUACAAAAAUAAAUCAUAUAUUGUUAUUGCAAUUCUUAGUAAUUUAUUCUUACAAUUAUUUAGUGAUUCGUGUAGAUAACUGUCUGAAGACUAAAUAAAACAAUUGGAUGCGAAAUCGUGUGUGAGAAAAUAAAAAAUAAAUGAUGAUUAAAACGAGUAAUAAAUAAACAAAUUAUAAAUUGAACAUUUAUUGUACAUAGAAAUAAUAAUUAACGAGUAAUAAGUAUUGCCUUUAGGUUUGUAUGUUUUUGUAUAUCAAUAUAUUUGUUUAUUUCAAAUGUUUCGCAUCCUGCUGCUUUCAUUGUAAUAUUAUUAUUAAGAAAAACAAAAUAAAUAUAUUAAGAAAU